GGUCACGGCACCACCACCAUCACCGCUGCCGCCGACGCCAACCCGCCGCCGUUACCACUACCUCCGCCUCUACCACCGCCGCCGACACCAACGUCACCGGUACCACCGCUGCCGCCGCUGCUACUACUACUACUACUACUACUACUACUACUACUACGACGCGCUACUACUGCCGCCGGCCGCCGCAGUCGCACACAGUCAUUCGUGUAGUGUACGCGCGUCCGUCAACGAGUGUGUUCGUUUUGUUGUUCUCGUCCGCGACGUGUAUUUUUGUUUUAUUUUUAUAAUAACCAUAUAUAUAUGAAUACGGCUAAACUGUUUAAUAAUAUAACAUUGUAAUAUUGAAAUUUGAAAUAAAAUCGUUAAUUUUUUUGAGUGUGUUCCGAGUGUGCGUAUUAAAUUUCGUGUGCGCUUGUUCUUCUCAUACCAAAGGUAUUUACAAUAUUAAUCAUCAUAGCAUACUUUUUGCGUGCGCCAUGUUACGCGUUUAAACGUAGUAUUUAAUCAUAAGUACGUGUAUUUUACGACUUUUUUUUGGUUAGAGUUAAUUCCGUUUUUAGUCGUUUUUCACUCGAGUUGGUGUUUGAUACGUUUUCGCAAGUGUUCCCGUAGCAUGCGCGAUUUCCACAGGUUUUCUAACGACCCAUACCGAUGUGUUAAUGGUGUUGACGUCGACGCGGUCCCGCCGCGACACAUGCCGUCGUCGUCGACACGGCCGCUACGGCCACCGGUAAUUGUUAUCGCGCGAUCGUCUGCACACUGUGGCCAUGACGUGUUCGCAUUCGACGCGGCGAUAUGAGUACCGCCGUCGCAGUCGACCAGUGACCGGAGUAUCGCCGAAAUCGGUAGCAUCAGUAGUAGUAGUAGUAGUAGGAGUAGCAGUAGAAGUAGUAGUAGAAGUAGUGCGGAGUACGGACGUCCGUACGUAAAACACGAGCCCUCGACUGUGUGGGCACGAAGAAGACGAAGAAAACGACGACGGCGACGACAACGACUUCUGACAGACGACUCGAUCGGCACGGUCGAGAUGGAAGACGACCACCAAAACGAUCAGCAGGUGAACAACCCGCACAUAAACAAAGUGCUGAAAACGUACCAGAUGAGUGCACCCAGGAGCUUGCAGGGACCGAAUUCGGUGCUUGACGAACCGUCCGGCGCCGCGGUGGCCGUGUGCUCGCCCAAAGCGCCUAUGGCCACCGCCACUGGAGGUGACUCCGAGUCCGGCGGGGGCCGAAAGACACCGGCGCCAGCGCCACCACCACCGCCACCCUUGCACCCGGUGCUGUACGUGCCGGACCAGUCGGGAUGCGAGCUGUUCGAAACGGAGCUGGAAUGGGAGAAAAUCGCUUGCUUCAUGGUGGGCGGCGAGAUGCGCCUGUGCCUGCCGCAGAUCCUCAACACGGUGCUCCGGGACUUCACGCUCACCCAGAUCAACCAAGUGUGCGACGAGUUGCGCAUCUACUGUUCGCGGUGUACGCCCGAACAGCUGGAUAUGCUCAAGCACUGCCAGAUACUGCCGGUGACGGCGCCGUCGUGCGGGCUGAUGACCAAGACGAACGCCGAGCGACUGUGCUUUGCGCUACUUCACCGGAUCCCGCCGCCCGCGGCCCCGGUGCCCGAAGACGUGGUCACGUUCUCGUUUGAGGUGUUCCACGACGUGUUCGGCAAGACCCGGGGCGUGUGCAUGCCCGAGCUGUACACCGAAAAGUUCUCGGCGUGCAUACAGUGCGUCGAGUGCAAGGCGUUGUUUGCGCCCCAGCGGUUUGUCAACCACAUACACCGGUUCACGGGCACCAACUCAUGCCACUGGGGCUACAAGCGCGAGAACUGGAAAGCGUACGUUAAGGUGUCGCACGGGCACCCGGACUACGCACAAGUGGUGAACCUGUUCGAGACGUUCAAGGAGCAGAUCGACGAGUCGGCCACCGCGCACUUUUCUUCCAGGAAACGAAAGCAGUUGAUGGAACUUGUGCCUGUGUCGUGUACGGUUCGCCCGUCCAGGGCAGAGACACCGCCGCCGUCGCUGAAGAGGACGAAGCUCGAGGAUGCGCCGCCUGCGGUGCCUACGGCAGCCUACUACUCGGCGUUAGGCAUGGCGCCCACGCUGCCUAACUACAUGGUGGACCCAUUUCACUAUUUCUACGGUGCGUGGGUGCCGCCACCUGCGGCCAUGUACAUGAACAACUCGCAUCACCUGUACAGAAACGACAGUUUGAUCAAGAGAGAGAGACCGCCGAGGUUAGUGGACCCGCAAAAAGUCAUAUCACACACGCAGUCCGAACAAUUCGGCAGGAGUUUUCAGCCGAACGUCGCGUUGGCGCCUCCUACUAAACACAACGGCAAUGCUAAUGCCAGCAAUAUCCUAGGCCAUCACCACAACCAUCACUAUCAAAACUCUAACAAUGUCAACAACAAUAAUAAUAACAGCAGUAAUAACAACAACAAUACUGCCAAACCGACGGUCAAAUUCAAAGACAAAGAUGACGGUGAACAGGAAAACAAAGACAUUAUCCCGACUCAAGAGUCUGAGAGAAGAUACAACAGUGUUGCAGCCAGUGUCAUGGAGCAAGUGGCUGCUGUUUUGGAUGCCUUGAGCGAUGCUAAGGAGACGACGCGACAACAAGUGAUCGGAUUGGUUGAGCGGAUUGCUCUGCGGCUUGAAAAAGUUGAAUCGAAAAAUCAGCAACUCGUCCGGGAGAACGAAAUACUUAGAAACCAAUUGAACACGAAGAGGCAUACGAACAAAGAAGAUCCGUUAUUAGUAGAUGACUGUACGAUGAUUAAAUGGGAAAACAGCGGUGGUAUUGACCAAGAACAUAGUAAAUCCAACAGUUUGCCAUUAAUGAACAAGAGGUGUAGUCCAGUAUCCGUGAUAACCUCACCACCAUGUCAGCCCAAAACACCUCCACCCCAUAAUCUGCAGUCCAAUAUCAUGGCCGCUACCACUGCUACCAUCACAGCCACCUCAGUGUUGAUCAAAUCGGAAUCCAUCGACUGAUUAUUAUAACUGCAGCCUGUUGUUUACUUAUUAUUAAUUAUUAUUAUUUAAUUUAAUAUUGCUACCACCGACAAUUGAUCUCUCCUUAAAAAAAUAAAAUUAAAGUAAAUAAUAAUAUGUAUAAAUUAUACAAGCUUUUUAUAAUAUUUAUUCAGUACUACAAGUAUAAUAUAUGUUUAUAAAUAUUAAAAUAUACAUAAAGUAAUAAUAAUAAUAAUUAUUAUUAUUUCUGUUAUUAUUUUAUGUAUAACAAUAAUAAUGUUUUGUUGAAUUCUCUUGUCUUAUGUAAAUAAUCUAAUUUAAAAUAUUGUUAAUUUGAUUUUCUUAAUUUCCUGACAAUUCUUCUUAAUAUAUAUAAAUAUUUAUAUAUAAUUUAAUUUUCUUUUUGUUAUGAAUUUUUAGUUUAGGAUUAUUUUUAUUUAUUUAUUUGAAUUUUUUUGUUAUUCAUUUUAAAUUAUUUAUGUUAAAAGUUGCUGUGCCAAUUUUUUGUUUGUUUUUUUUUUCAAUAAUUAUUAGAAGAAAAAAUAGGAAUGAUAAACUUUGGAAAAAAAAAUAGAGCAUGGUUAUGAAGGAGCUCAAUUUAAUACUUGAUUUCCCAAUAUUUGUAGGGCGUUAUUAGUUGACCUGUGAAAUUUUUAAACAUAUUUUCUGUUAAGUAUGAGUAGAAACUUUGGCAAUCGGUUAAUGCGCCAAUGCGGUAUACUGUCUCAACAACCGUUUUGGAAUUUUUUUUUGAUAAAUGCUGAGGUUUCUUUUCAUGCUAAACAAAGUGUAAUUAAUGGACUAUUUUGAUAAUGUGUGCUUUUUCGAUACAUUUUACUUUCUAGUUAAUGGACGAAUUUGUGUAUAUUAUUUCAAUAUUAGAAUGUGUAAAAAAAAAAAAAUAUUUAUUUGGAAAAAGUCAGUAUUCCUAAUUUUUUUCCACAGUGUCUAAUUAUUAUUUAUUUGCAUACAUAAUAUUACAUAUAAUAUCGCACCAAAUAUUAAUAAUAAUGAAAAAAGCAAUCACGUAUAAAAUUAUAUUUAUACAUUUCCUAGUACUUUAAUAUAUACAUAAAGGUAGAUAAACUUUAAUGAUUAUAAGAUGACAACGUAGAAUAAGUAUUAUGUUUUAAAAUAUAUGUAUAUAUAUAUAUUUAAAAAAAAUUACGAUUAUGAUUGUAGUUUUGAAGAACAAUAUAUCCUUUUCCCUCGGGCUAGAGAAUAAUUCAGUACAAAUUAGUAAGUGCCUUAAUUCUGCAAUACUAUACACUAACCUUACUUAAAAAAAAAAUUAAUUAAUAAUAAUAAGCAUAAAUAAUAUAAUAUAGUUUAUGUAUGUUUUGCAUGCACUAUAAUAAUUAUGGGAUUUUAUUAGGCUUAUAAAAAAAAAGAGAAAAAGAAUGUUAUUUUAGAAAUAAUGGUAGAUUGAUUUAUUAUUAAGUGAGUUUUUGUUGUUAAUGUUGGCGUGCGUUGUUGUAUCAUCCAACAAUUUUUUUCAUUAUAUCUAAUGUAUUUCAAGUAUGCAAAUUAAUAAUAAGAAUAUUAGUACCUAAUAGUAAUGUGUAUCAAAUAUAACAUACAGGUUUAAAAAUAUGUAAAUCUAUUAAAUUUAACUAUACCCAUUAUUGUUUAAUUAAAAAUAAUAUAGUUUGUUACCACGCAGUUUUAAUAUGUACCUGAUGUGAAAGCCAGUAGGUAAUUUAUAUAUAAAGUAUAUACUAUUAUAAUAUAUAUUAUAUAAAUAUACUUAAAGAUGUUUUAAACAAUGUUUUUGCAAACAACGGAAUAAUAAUAAGGUCCCUUUUUUAAUUUGUUUAAGUAAAUAUCAAGUCUUCCUUAAAAAAGAAAAGAUAAAAAAAAUAAACAAAUAACUCGAAUUCUAUAAUAAAUAAAACAUUUUCAUGCUGUAUUAGUUUUUUUUUUCUAUCUUGUGCAAUUUAACUAAAUUAUGUCAAAACACAAUGAUAAUAUAUCAUAUAAUAUAUAUACUUAUUAGUUGUAAUAGUUUGUUGGAUAUGUAUAUUUAAUAUUUAUUAAAGGAGUAGAAUAAUAAUAUAUUAUAAUAGUAUAACACAUUUUUAUUCAACUUGACUGGAAAUCAAAAACAACCAUUGUGUUCACAUACAUUUUUCUCAUUAUUAUUUAAUGUUAAUUGACAAAACUGUGUAAUAAUAUUGAUUUUGAAAUUUUAAUGUUCUUAUGUAUAUUUUGUUGUUGAUGUACAGACAUUUUUUUUUUCGUAACUUAGAGUUUUCUAACUGAUAUAAAAUGAAAUAUUUAGCUAUUUCAUUUUACUAUCAUUAUUAUUAUUAUUAUUAUUAUUAUUAUUAUUAUUAUUUGUAACGAUGUUAAGUUUUUUUAAGUAACUUAUAUUAGGUAGUUUUUUAACUGUGCCAAGCUUUGUUAGCACUUUUUAAGCAAAACCGAGUCAUUAAUUUUUUUUUGUAUAUAUUAAACUGCCUGUACCAAAUACAUUGUAUCAUAAUAUACAUGAUUAUAUGGUGUA